GAAUAUUCACCCUGCGAUAUGGGUCGAACUGUACUGUAAAGGAAGCCGCUCGUCUGUACUUGUAUGCAUAAAAGACGGGUUGGCUGAUCGAUUUUAGAAACGGCGUUCUGGUAUCGACGUAUAUAUAGAGUUUGCGGUGUUGGAGUAAGUCCUAGAACUUGCACUUUUGUCGACUCAAUGACAACAUUCUAUCCAACGCAAUCGAGUCAACAACGGCCACGAAAUGUUCACAGCAUUUCUUUUAUUCUGUUUGUUAAUUUGCCAUACACACCAGACGAACGACAAAGCACUCAGUCAACCUUCCGAACUGCUUCGCGGGUUUAGCCUUAAAGAGGUUUCACAAUUGAAACAAUCAUCAAAACAGAGAGAUGACGUACCAAGAUUUCUUCUCAACUUAUACAGAAAGCGAGCGCUUUUACACCGCCGAGGAAUAAACCAGCGGGACUCGGAGAUAGUGAGGGUGUUUUUCCGAGAACCCGCAGGGGAAAGCAAGAGAAAAGGACCACUGCAUUACGGGUUUUAUUUUAACAUAUCCACCAUUGUAGUGGAAGAGAAAGUCAAGAAAGCUGAAUUGAGAAUCUUCAAGAAGACUCCGCUGGGACGGACUAGAGAAGCUGGUUACUUUAAAAUAAGAAUUCUGCGUUUGAAAAAUCACCAGCACUGGACCAAAGGGGUCCCUAUCGCUUCCCACUUGGUUAGUUACAAAGAAAACGUUGGUCGGUGGAUAACGUUUGAUGUUACAUCUGCGGUUAAAUUCUGGAAAGAGAAACCCGAGGAAAACUUUGGCUUGAGUGUUACAGUGGAUGGCGUUGGUGCCUUCCCAUCAGAUUUUCGUAUCGGGGGACAUGGUAAAAGAGCACCUUUCUUGGUAACGUAUACAAAGAGCCCACAAAAAUUUCCAAGAACUCUGCAUGUAAACUGCAGCAGCGACUCAGUUCCCGAAGAGAAUGAAGAACACGUCUCUAAAAAUAUCUCAAUGACGUCCACAUCUCGUCAGAGGCGUUCCAGCAGACCGCCUAAAAGAUGUCAACGUCGGUGGGUUUAUGUGCAUUUUAAAAAGUUAAAAUGGAACUGGAUUAUUGCUCCAAAUGGUUACAGCGCUAACUAUUGCGAUGGUGUCUGUCCGAGGGUUCUUGAUAUGCAACUGGAACCAACGAAUCAUGCUAUCUUGCAGAACAUUUUACACAAAUUGGACAGUCGAAUUCCGUCUCCCAUGUGUGCUCCUACUAAAUUACAUGGCAUCAGUGUGCUAUAUAAGACAAGCGACAGAUCUAUUGCGUUAACAGAGUAUGGUGGAAUGGUUGUGUCGUCUUGUGGAUGUCUGUGAUGAAAGUGAAAUAUCCGCAAAACCGUUUCUUAAAAAGAUAAAAGCCGAAAAUAAAUUCUGGCUCCUCAUAACACAGAUUUAUGUUCGAGGAAUUAUUGAAUUAUCGAAAUUCUUUCCUACUUGGCUGACGUCGCCAGACAUACACAAAUUGCUUUGAACUGAAGAGGAAGGCCUGUAAAAAAAACAUAUAUAUUUGAUUGAAUUGUUGAGUACAGUCAUGAUUGUACUUAGGUGAUAUUUGACAGUCAGUUUGCGACAGUCGCUAUAUCCAGAGGAAGACUGCUUGGGCGCAUGGAGAAGUAGGUGUAAAACCACUUAUGAACCAGACAAUCUAGUCGAGCAAAACUCCAUAAUUAAAAACAUAGCUGCAAUACUUUAGAGUCUCCAAGUCAAAACAAGAUCCAGAAGAGGAGACAAUUUUAAAUUCAAAUUUAUGGUAGUGACGCAAAAAGUUUUGUAUCUUUUUGCAAAAGAAUUUGGCAGGCUGAAGAGCGUGAAAAGCUCCUUAAACCUUCACAGAAUCUUUCAAAAGAAGUUUGGUAUAAAAGUGUGUACUUUAGUUAUAUUUGCGGACGGCGCCAAUUUUGGGCGAGAGAAAACAAGAACGUGUAGGAAUUUCUACCCCCGCAAACGCAAUUAUCAAAUGCCAGCUAAUAUUUUCUCGUUGAUUGCGCCUUUUCGAAUUAAAUGAAUAGCCUGCAGUGUCAGACAGACGCCCAAAAAAUAAUGAGACAGGGUAAUGAAACAUGAUUAAUCUUUUGAAAGUUACAUUAUAAUAACAUCAGUUCUUGGAUCAAGUUUUUUAUUACGUACGUUCGGUUGACUGCAAAGUUUUCCAAAUAGGAGUAAAAACUCAUAAGGGUUAUUUAAUAACAGAAAAAAAUGGGAUUGCUUAUUUAGCACGCUUGAAACAAACAACUACUAGUACGUACUAAUUAGAGUGAGAAUUUUAAUCGUCUAUAAGCCGAUAAAAGAUUGUGGCCUAACCGACUGACUGACUGAUUGAUAAAGUGUAUCAGCCAGAGUAAUAGCAAUAUUAACGGUAAAGUCACGAAAAUGAUUGCAUGUUUAUUUAAUUGUGUGAACAAAAUAAUGAUAUUAAAAAAAUUAAAGGUA